AUGGCCAACGCCACAGGGCUGAGCGCCCCAGAAGUCGCAGCCUCGAUGGGAUUGAUCCUGGCGGCUCUCGUGGAGGCGGCGGCACUGCUGGGCAACGGCGCGCUGCUGGUGCUGGUGUCGCGCACGCCGGGACUGCGCGACGCUCUCUACCUCGUGCACCUGUGCGUCGUGGACCUGCUGGCGGCCGCCUCCAUCAUGCCGCUGGGCCUGCUGGCCGCUCCGCCGCCGGGGCUGGGCCGCGUGCGCCUGGGCCCCGCACCCUGCCGCGCGGCGCGCUUCCUCUCGGCGGCGCUGCUGCCCGCCUGCACGCUCGGCGUGGCGGCGCUCGGCCUGGCGCGCUACCGCCUCAUAGUUCAUCCGCUGCGGCCCGGCGCGCGGCCUCCGCCCAGCCUAGUGCUCACGGCCGUGUGGGCGGCCGCCGGGCUGCUGGGCGCGCUCUCCUUGCUCGGGCCGCCGCCCGCACCGCCCCCGGCCCCGGCUCGCUGCUCGGUCCUGGCGGGGGGCCUCGGGCCCUUCCGGCCGCUCUGGGCGCUGCUGGCCUUCGCGCUGCCCGCCCUCCUGCUGCUCGGCGCCUACGGCAGCAUCUUCCUCGUGGCGCGCCGGGCCGCCCUGCGGCCCCCACGACCCGCACGCGGGUCCCGGGCGCGCUCCGACUCUCUGGACAGUCGCCUCUCCAUCUUGCCGCCCCUCCGGCCUCGCCCGCCCUGGGGCAAAGCAGCCCUGGCUCCGGCGCUGGCCGUGGGCCAGUUCGCAGCCUGCUGGCUGCCUUACGGCUGUGCGUGCUUGGCGCCUGCUGCCCAGGCCGCAGCGGCCGAGGCGGCCGUCACCUGGAUAGCCUACUCGGCCUUCGCGGCUCACCCCUUCCUGUACGGCCUGCUGCAGCGCCCUGUACGCCGGACGCUGGGCCGCCUUGCCCGCCGAGCGCUGCCGCGGUCCCCGCGAGCCUGCACUUCAAGGGCCUGGCACCCGCGGGCCCUCCUGCGGCACCUCCAGAGACCUCCAGAGGGCCCUGCUCUUGGCCCUUCUGAGGCACCUGAUCAAGGCCGGGAUUUGACAGAAAGGGAAAGCCUGAGCAUGUCAGAGGCCACGUGA